AUGGUGGGAGUACCACACAGUAAAGGCUGUUCACUCUGUCGUGAACGUCGCAUAAAGUGUGACGAAGCCGUCCCGGAAUGCAGCCAGUGUCGAAAAUAUGGCCGCGCAUGUCCAGGCUACCGUCGCAUAUUCCGCUUCCAAGACGAGCGCCCAAACCUAGAAAAGCGCCACUCAACUCGCUUUCGACAGAGAGGAGACGCCGCUGUCUCGCGCUCAACUCCAAAACAGUACACAUUUGUACACGAUGACUCCGCUGAAGCUGCUGACGUGGUGCGCGACAAUGCAAUCGCCCUAAUGCGCCAGCAUUCGGCGUAUGGGGGAUGGGACGAAAAAGUCACUCCCUCGCUCGUGCACAAGUCCUUCCGCGCUGCUCAGCCCCAGGUAUUUCUCGAUUUUAUCAGCACGGCUUUCCCGACGCUCUAUUACCAUAAUCGGUUUCGAUCUGGUGAUGGCGCUGGAUUUGCAGAAUAUAUCAUUAUGAAUUAUGGAAAUGAUGCCUACUUGGACUCGGCAAUUUGUUGUCUGACUUCGGUAUAUCUGGCACAUUUGACUAAAGACAAAGCACUGCUUAGGUCAAGUCGACAGAUGUACUCGAAGUCGCUGCGCGAGGUUAUCCGGGCUAUUCCUAAAACCGACCAUGCCAAUUCCGAUAAUAUGCUUUGCACGUCUAUCAUUCUCAGCGUUUUCGAAAUGUACGCGAAAACCACUCCAGAUGCUUGGGUUGUGCAUUCUGAUGGCGUGAAGCGGUUGAUGAUCAGUCGAGGGCCUAAAGCGCAUGAGACUGGCCUUGCCAGAUUCUGCUGGUAUGCUUUCCGUGGAUUCUUGAUUGCCACCGCAGUUCACGAAGGCAAAGCCUGCUUUCUAGAUCAAGAAGAAUGGCAAUCUUACGCAGCGAAAAUCAGAACAGAGGACUGCCAGAAACCCGGCGAAUGGUCUGCCUAUGCCGAAAUCUCCGAUCUGACAUAUAUGGAAAUCACCAAAUGCCCGCGCUACAUCAGUGAAACCCGCGAUCUGCUCGCCAGCCCGACAGACCCAGAUCCAAAUGCCAUUUCCGACCUCCUACACCGCAUCCAAAACACGUCUAAUCUCCUACACUCUCUCAUCGACCAGCUCCGAUCCUGCAUCAGCGCACAUAACGAGCGCCAACAAGGCAUCAUACAGCGACCAGGGUCCUUCGUCGGACCUGUACCACGGACAUUUCCAGAUACAGGUCCGUCGCUACUUCUCAGCGGCGCUAGCAACAUGCUGGAAACACUUCAGCAGCUGUCUGAUCGUCUUGAAGAUCGGUUGCGCUUCAGUCUAGCCGAGAUUCAAUCUUCAGAGUCGCUUGACUCGCCGAGCGAUUGUAGCUCCUACUCCAUUUCUCCACCGCCAUCCUGCUCCAGAAACCUUGUACUUCCUUUCCGGAUCCAUUCAGAGCUUGAGCAGGGUCCAGCUAAGACUGUUGAUCCGCAUGAUCCGCGUGCGGUGAUCUGGCUGGAUCGUAUAGCGUCUUCGAUGGGCGUGCUUAAUACAAAGGUGCUGCCGAGCGAAACAGUUGUGUUGGAUAGCUCGAGCCAAUCAUCACAAACAUAUUAG